CACCACUACCACUACAAUCAGCGUCCUCAGUUUAAUACACAGUCUGGAUUUCCCCCAAACUUUAUCCCGCAGCGUUUGUUGUGGAUUUUGAUUCGUUUAGUCACUGAGCAUGCUAUCCAGCGCAUUAUCCAAGAUACCUGAUUAUUACAACGGCGCAGUAUUCCUAACUAAAGUAUUCUUCCGUUAUAAAGUCUUCAGAAUGGCCAGCACGCAUUCCAAGCCAACCGUAGAGAAACACGGCGACUCCUUCACCGUCACAAUUCUCCCGGCCCUGGAGGAUAAUUUCAUGUAUCUGAUCACCGAUACCGCGACCAAGGAAGCAGCCGUGGUGGAUCCCGCUGACGCCGACGGUGUGCGUCAAGCCGUGGAGCAGAAUAAAGUGCAGCUUCGUACUGUCCUCACCACCCAUCAUCACUGGGACCAUGCAGGUGGGAAUAAGAAGAUGGCGGAGCUGUUUCCUGACAUCAAGAUCGUGUCGGGGGAUAAACGCGCGGAAGCGACCAACCAUUUGGUGGAGGACGGCUCGGCUCUGCACAUAGGGAACACCACGGUCAAAUGUCUUUUCACUCCAUGUCACACUUCCGGACAUAUUUGCUACUAUGUGACUCCAUCGGGCAGCGGGGAACCGGCCGUUUUCACCGGCGACACACUUUUCCUGGCUGGUUGUGGAAAAUUUUUUGAAGGCACCGGCGACGAAAUGUACGACAAUUUAGUGCACAAACUGGGCCGUCUACCGGCGGAAACGAAAGUCUACUGCGGUCAUGAGUACAGCAUCCAGAACCUGAAGUUCGCCGCUUCCGUUGAUUCAAAUAACACCCAUGUCCAGGACAAGUUGGCUUACGCACAGGAACGCCGCAAUGAGGGCUUGCCGGUGCCGCCGUCGACCAUUGCCGAGGAGAAGCAGUACAAUCCUUUUAUGCGCGUCAACGACGCCAAGGCCAUGGCUGUUAUGCGCGAACGCAAGAACAAUUUCAAGUAAAAUUUCUGUAACUGACGUUUGCCAUAACACGUUCCUUUUUAUCAUUUCUUUCGAUUGGGGGUUGGUGGGUAGAUUUCAUUUGGCAUGUUUUUCGUUGUUUAAUUUAAUUGAUUUUUUGGUCAGUUGAUGGUAACCGGCUGGUUUCUCCUUUGCUUGAUUUUUAUUAAUUUAUGCAAUUUGGCAGCAUAGUAGUAUGAGAGAUUUUUGUUCUCACCAUUGUUAGUUUAACUCCGCAGUUGUAGUUCUGCUUUUGUAGUACAGGGAUUCUGUUAUAAAUGUUUGGCGCUGCUG